UGGAGACUUGUACAGCUCUACUAGAUGCAAUUGCUCCUCAUCAAGGAGAGCGACUUAAGAAGAUAGCAUUACCAAAUUCAGAAGCUACUGAUGAUGACCUUUUCCAUGUUGUUGGCGAAAUGUACCACAAUAUCAAGGAUGCAAAUGUGAAAUGUCAACUUUUGUCUCUGGUAGUAAACAGAUGUUCAAAGACUGAACUGUUGACAAAAUUUCCAGAGGUUACAAAACAUCAGAUAGAUAAAGCUAGGAGACAUGCUUUCGUAAAUGGUCCUGGAUCAGGUGUUCAGCAAACAGUAUCUUCUCAACACAGACAGAGAAUCAAUUUUGCAAAGUUACAGCAUGCAGUAGACUUUUUCAGUGAUCCAUCAUUCAACCAGAUUUCAUCAUACACUACAAGGAACCUAAAGCUAGAUUCUGGAGACAUUUUAGUAAUUCCUGAUGUAGUUAGGACUAUGAUCCAUUCAAAUUUGAUCAAACUUUACAACACAUACUGCGCCAGUAAUAACUUUGAGCCUCUUAGUGAGUCAACUCUAUAUGAAGUCCUAAAUGCAUGUAGUGCAUCAAAACGGAAGUGCCUGAAAGGACUUGAUAACAUUGCUGUUGGUGGAUCUUCUGCUUUUGACAGUCUGAGUAGCUUAGUUGAUAAACUUGAUGAACCUCAACAAUGGAAAAAAGAAAUGAAGGAAAAGCUGUUCAAUGCUCGACUGUACUUAAAGACUGACUACAAACUCCACAUUAAGCGAGAAGAUGAAUGUGCUUUCCACUGCUUACAAUAUGCACUGAGUGACCCCAAAUCAAGCCAUCUUAGUGUUUCAUGUGACCAUGAGCAUACUAAGAUCUGCAGCAGGUGUAACAUAUUUGGUGAAGCUGCCACAGAGAUCCACAAGGUCAUCAUAAAGACUCCAUCAGAAGAGCAAGAGGUACUAUUGCAAGAUUUGGAAAUGUCCGUAACACAGGUAGAGGACUGGAGAUCUCAUAUUAUAAGAACUGUGAAUCAAGAUGAUGGAAGAGUAGACAUUCUGCAUGACUUGAAGAACAACGAAGUUUUGGUGAUUCUAGACUGGGCGAUGAAAUAUUUGCCACAGAUGUAUCGUGAGAAAAUGAAAGACUUCUUUGGACAGAAAGGUGUACACUGGCAUGUAUGUGUUGCAGUUUUCAAGGAACAAAAUGGAAGUUUAGUGCACAAGACUUUUACUCACAUAAUGGAUUAUGUGAAACAGGACUUCUUUGCUGUUCUUUCAUUACUAGAACAUACACUAGUAACUAUUAAAGAACAGCUGCCACACAUUACAGAAGCUUACCUUAGAUCAGACAACGCGGGGUGCUACCAUUGUGGGCAGAUAUGGCUCUCCAUACCAUCAUUGUCAGAAAGAACAGGAAUUACUGUGAAGCGUUUCGACUACAGUGAAGCACAGAGUGGAAAAAGUUACUGUGAUGCAAAAAUUGCUCACAUGAGAUCAAAGAUGAGGAUCUUUUCUUCAGAGGGCCAUAAUAUAUGUACAGCUAUCCAGAUGAAGGAGGCAAUUGAGAGUGGUGCAGGAGUCAAGGGAACGUGCAUUGCUGUUGUUGAUGUUGAUGUCACUAAGCAAACACUCACAAAGCAUUCUUGGAAGGGAGUAAGCUUCAUAUCAAACAUAGAAUUCACAGCAGCAGGAUUAAGAACAUGGAAAGCAUACAGAAUUGGAGAGGGGUGCUUCAAAGAUACGGAAAGUCUUCAGAAACUAGGUCAAGCGCAAUCUACUACCAGUUUAAAGAUCAUAAGUGACUUCAACCACUCUGAAGAACAUGACCAAAUUCAUCUUAAGACACCAGAGAAUCAACCAGGAUCACAUGAUGAUCAAUCUGUUACCUUAUCAAAUGAUGAUGAUGAUUGUGUUGAUGAUGAACCUUCUGGAAUGAACUCUAAGUUAUUCUUUUGUCCUGAAUAUGGAUGUUUAAAGUCAUAUCAGACUUUUGAGAAGCUGAAUGAGCAUCUACUCACUGGAAAUCAUGUGUUUAAAAAAUUGUCAGAAUCUUCAGGUGACAAAGCAAAGAAACUGUGGGCAGAAAAAUGUGACAGUGUUGGCAGCUACCCGCCCUAG